GCCGGCCUCCGCCGAGGGACCAUGGGCGAUGCGCUGCUCCCGGCGCGGGGCGCGGCGCACAGGCGGCGCCGGAGGAGGAUGGAAUUGAAAUACGGUUAUAUGCUGACUAAGGAGUCAGAAGAAGACUGAGUCCUGUUCUCACCUUUCUAUACCUUCACCAUGAGCUUGCUUUUUGGCUUCAUGCUUUAGAAACCUUUGGUGUAAUUCUGUGAAGCUGUUGGAAAUCAUGGCAUUCUCUCCAUGGAAACUGUCUUCUCAGAAACUUGGCUUUUUUUUGGUGACUUUUGGUUUCAUUUGGGGAAUGAUGCUUCUACAUUUUACUAUUCAGCAGCAAACACAACAUGAAAGCAGUUCAGUCCUGCGUGAACAGAUUUUGGAUCUCAGCAAAAGAUAUAUCAAAGCAUUAGCUGAAGAAAAUAGAAAUAUUGUGGAUGGGCCUUAUGUUGGGACAGUGACAGCAUAUGAUCUGAAGAAAACACUUGCUGUCUUACUGGAUAAUAUCUUGCAGCGCAUUGGGAAGCUAGAGUCAAAGGUGGAAAAUCUUGUACUUAAUGGAACAGGAGCAAACUCUACCAACAAUACUACCACUCCUGCUCCCAGCCUAGGAGCAGUUGAAAAGCUUAAUGUAGCAGAUCUCAUAAAUGGGGCCCAAGAACAGUGUGAAUUGCCUCCUAUGGAUGGUUUUCCUCACUGUGAAGGGAAAAUAAAGUGGAUGAAAGAUAUGUGGCGAUCAGAUCCCUGUUAUGCAAGUUACGGUGUAGAUGGGUCCACAUGCUCCUUUUUUAUUUACCUCAGUGAGGUUGAAAAUUGGUGUCCUCGUUUACCUUGGAGAGCAAAAAACCCUAAUGAAGAAGCUGAUCAAAAAACAAUGGCUGAAAUUCGUAUAAACUUCGAUUAUCUGUACAAAAUGAUGUCAAGACAUGAGGAAUUCAGGUGGAUGAUGUUACGCAUCAGACGGAUGGCUGAUGCCUGGAUUGAAUCAAUUAAAUCACUUGCAGAAAAAGAAAAUUUAGAGAAGAGAAAACGAAAAAAGAUUCUUGUUCAUUUGGGCCUUUUGACAAAAGAAUCUGGAUUCAAGAUUGCAGAGAAUGCAUUUAGUGGUGGCCCACUUGGGGAACUGGUCCAGUGGAGUGAUUUAAUUACAUCUCUCUACUUACUGGGACAUGACAUCAGGAUUUCAGCUUCACUGGCAGAGCUCAAGGAGAUUAUGAAGAAGGUUGUAGGUAACAGAUCUGGCUGCCCUACCCAGGGGGAUAAAGUCGUAGAACUCAUUUACAUUGAUAUUGUGGGACUCACUCAGUUUAAGAAAACUCUUGGUCCAUCAUGGGUACAUUACCAGUGCAUGUUAAGAGUUCUGGAUUCCUUUGGAACUGAACCAGAGUUUAACCAUGCCCAUUAUGCCCAAUCUAAAGGCCACAAGACACCGUGGGGAAAAUGGAACCUUAAUCCACAGCAGUUUUAUACAAUGUUCCCUCAUACUCCGGAUAACAGCUUCCUUGGAUUUGUGGUAGAGCAACAUCUGAAUUCUAGUGACAUUAAACACAUUAACGACAUCAAAAGGCAGAAUCAGUCUCUAGUUUAUGGCAAAGUGGAUAGCUUCUGGAAGGAUAAGAAGGCUUAUCUGGACAUCAUUCAUACCUAUAUGGAAGUCCAUGGAACCGUUCAUGGGACAAGCACUAUUCAUAUGCCUGGCUACGUAAAAAACCAUGGUAUACUCAGUGGGCGUGAUUUGCAGUUUCUACUGAGAGAGACCAAACUGUUUGUUGGUCUUGGGUUCCCGUAUGAAGGGCCUGCGCCUUUAGAGGCUAUUGCUAACGGAUGUGCUUUUCUGAAUUUAAGAUUCAGCCCACCAAAAAGUAGCAAGAAUACAGAAUUUUUCAAAGGCAAGCCUACACUCCGAGAGCUGACAUCUCAGCAUCCCUAUGCUGAAGUUUACAUUGGGAAGCCUCAUGUCUGGACUGUAGACAUCAAUGAUCAUUCUGAAGUUGAAAAAGCAGUGAAAGCAAUUUUGAAUCAAAAGAUUGACCCUUACUUACCCUAUGAAUUUACAUGCGAGGGAAUGCUGCAGAGGAUGAACGCGUUUAUCGAAAGACAGGAUUUCUGUCACGGGCAGGUGAUGUGGCCCCCAUUAAGUGCCCUUCAAGUAAAAAUUGCUGAACCUGGAAAAUCCUGUAAACAAGUUUGUCAGGAAAACCAGCUCAUCUGUGAGCCUUCCUUCUUCCAGCAUCUUAACAAGGACAAAGCUCUACUCAAGCAUAAUAUUGAAUGUCAUACCGUCGAGUCUGCCAAUGAUAUUGUGGUCCCCUCUUUUGACGGAAGAAGGAAGCACUGUGUUUUCCAGGGCGACCUCUUGCUGUUCAGCUGUGCCGGAUCCCACCCAACCCAGAGAAGGAUUUGCCCCUGCAGAGACUAUAUUAAAGGGCAGGUUGCGCUUUGUAAAGACUGCCUAUAGCAGCUGCAGAGCUCCUUUUCAGCUGGGGACAAAAUGUAAGUAGUUUUGAGAGAAGCUACUUAUUACUUCCUGCACUUUUGUCCAGGUUUCUUGCUGCGGGCAGAGCUCUCAUUGCUGGGCAGAAUUACCUACUAAGAGGAGGGAUUCAUAACGAACGGCUAACUGAUUCUUUUUUUUUUUCCCCUCUGAGAACAUUCGCAGUGUAGCUCUUCAAAUCUCUUCAUCUGUUUGAGAAAUGAGUUUCGUGCUCUACGGCGAUUUGAAGAUGACUGCCUGGAAUAGUUUGUAGAGAAUUCCCAGACCCAUCAAACAUUUUUUUGUUGUUCAGGGUUUUUUGUUUUGUUUUGUUUUUUAAAGAACAUCUCUCAUCGUGGUUAGCAAAAGGAUCUCGACUUCAUUCCAGUAGAAAAUUGAAAAAUAUGUGCUUGAGGGAGGGGGUUACGGGGAGGGAGGACUAAAAUACGGUAUAGGUGCACUGUUUGGGGUACUGCUUUAGCUUGAAUGGCUCUGGAGCGGUUUGCUGUAGAAGAACUUGGAAUCAUAAGAUCGCUCUGCAUCCUGCUACUGGGUUAUCUGGGCCCAGUUCCUUUCCUUUUCUUUUUUUAUUUUUUUUCUUUAGUUUUCUGUACAACAAGUAUUGUCUGCAUCACAGCUGCUGUACCAGAGCAGUCUCAAUAGUGUUGUGAAUGAGCAAAGAGGCGGUUGCCAGUGUUUGACACAUCUUGGUAACUCAGCAGCUGACUAAGGUUGUGGCACUUUUCACUAUGGAAAAGCUACAGAAACAUACUGCCGUUUUCCGAACGGACUUGUCACGGUUUACUGGACCCAUUUAGAGAGUAAUCCUUGGGAUUUGCCCAUGCUUCUGUUGUAGUCUGUCCACUAGAAAUACUGUGUGAAGCAAAAAGUAGUUGGCAUCUUUGGAGCAAUAUUACCGUUAGAGCCUCAGUUUGCUACGCCUUCCUGUAGUUAAAGUGUUGCUGAAUGACAUAGAAAGGUUAAACUAAGCUAACUAUUAUUAUUGUAUGAUAGAAAUGUAAAAUGUCUUCAUAACUAGGCAGGUUUUUAAAGAGAAAUCUGUUCUGAAGAACAGUUAAGACAACUGCUGAGAAAAGUAUUGAUGAGCCUUAUGGGUUCUUUGGUUGUUCUGUGUUUUGGAGGAAAGGGUGUUUUUUAAACAGGCAUGCCAGUUGCUUAUUUAGAAAAAACAAUUCAAGAGUUUGGAACUCAAAACAACUUUUGUUUAGAACAGCAAGUGAAAUCUUCUGAAAUGCCUUCUCUUUUUAUAGGGGUAAUUUGGGUUUUUUUUCCUGUAUGAGGAGGCAUGCUUCACAGCACCAUUUGUAGUCCGGAAAUGAUACGCUGAAAUUGGUGAGAAAGAAAUCUGCAGGGUUAUUUUGAAAGCAGAAAAUUUGUAUGUAUGUGAUCAAACUGGAAGAAAACCAAAAUUGACAUGAAGGGUUUUUUUUCAUGAAAAUUUUAAACAGUUACUAGAUAUUUUGACUAAUGAAAAACAAAAACUAUAAAUUUUCUUUCCUUGGAUAUAUCUGCUUGGUACAUGUUUUUCUCAUAACUGGCAUUCGUUAUUAGUAUAGGGGUAUUGAUGCAUCUCUUAACCUACCAAAAAUCAAACAAGCAAAAUGCUGUUGAAUUCUGGAUCAAUUCUCAAGUCAAGAUAACAGAAAAGCAGAAGUUUAAAGUUUCAAUUGAAAAGCAUUUGCUUCUUCAAGUUUGCUGGUUUCCUGCCUCACCAUUCCUGGUGGUGUGAUACUGUAACAGCCCCAACAGUACUGUGAACUGCACAGAAACUUAAUCUGGAAAGAUUUUUCAGGAUCCAAGAAGAAUAUAUAGGAACACGGAACAGCAGGGUUGUUGCCAGUGACUAGGUUGUGAUGAGAAUAAAAUCUGCUGUAUUUUAUGAGUAAUUUUCCAAAAACGAACAGUUAUUUAAUGGGAAGCUAACUUUUUGUACGAGAAGAAAACAAGCAUAGGCUAGUACGAAGCCCUUGCUGUCAGCACAGCCGCGCAGUUUCUUCAGUCAGCACAACUGCGGUUUGUAAUGAUUUUAGGAUCCAGGAGGAGCUGGAGGAGGACUGGAAAUGGAUGUGAGCAGGCACAACAAUUCUUUUUUUAUUUAUUUAAAAUGUUCCCCGCCUACUUGUGCAUAUUUAUGCAACUGGAAAAUCCCAUGUUUUAAAGAAAGUAUUUACACUUCUGCCUGGUGCUGGAAGUAAAGGCAACAACAGAAUUUAUCUUUGACAAUUCAGCCUGAGGCUCCUCAGGCAGGAAUUUAAUAAUUUAGAAUGAGCUAUUACAGAAUUGCAUUGGCAACAAAGUUUGUAUGUGUGCACUUAAAGAAUGCUAAACAUAUAGUUUUUGCUGUAGUAUAAUCCUUUGCUGUAAAUAGAUAUUUGCUUGUUUCCUACCACUUCUGUAUGGACCACCUGGCGUACUGCAUUUUAUUUUGCCUCUGAAACUUUAAAGAUGGGAGGGGGUUGAUAUUUGUUAUUUUAACAUUUUAUGGUCUAGUGUUUUGCUCUAUAGUAAGCCUGCCUUUACAGGCAGGGAGAAUCUGGUAUAAACUCUGCUUUUUUAUGCUGUAGCACUGUUUCUUUCUAGUCUACUGAACUGCAUUGCUGCAUACUGGCAAAAACGAAACAGCAGACACCAACCCCACUUGCAUUUCAGCCAGGGACAAAACUUGUAAAUUCCAAAUUGGUUGGGUCUGAUCCUAUUUCAACUGAAAUCUAUAGGAAAUGAAUCAUUAAAGAAAAAAAUCAAACCCUGCAUUAUUAAUUUUAAACUUAGUAGCUGAGCUCUCCUUGCAGAAGGAAUAGUACUUUUUAUGAAAUACAGCUUCAGCCUAAAUUUCUGUAAAAGGAAAAUAUCAUGUGAGAACUGUGAGUGAGUAAACACUGUAAGCAUUACUUUGUGAAUCUGAGAGAGCACCCCAAGCCCCAUCCCAAAGUAGGAUUUGUUCAUGCAUAUGUAAACAAGUGAAUCCUUGUGCAGAUGAGCAUUUAGGGAAAUCUGUGUGGGAUUAGUUAAAAGUUUGAACGAUUUACUAAGAUGUGUAUUGUAUCCACAGGUCCGUAACUAUUUUCCUUCCUAAUUAAAGCAUAAUCAUGCAGUCCAAAUAUUGCACUUAAGCAAGGAUAUUAGAGAUGGGACUCUCUUACUGUAUGGUUUUUCAGUCUAACAGUAUAGCUUGCAGCUUUCUUACUCAGAAUUCAGGUUUUUGCAAGACUUGCAUUUGAAUACAUUGAUCAGAGAUUAUGGGAAAAAAUGGCAAAAGUUGAGUGUAAAAAACAUUUUACAAGCUUUUAAACAUAUCUCUCAUAUCAAGACAUUCUUUGUUUUAAAAUUUUGUAUUUUUGUAUGUGACCUAGUUUUUGCAAAAGUCUUGUUCCUAUGAGAUUAGAAAACUUGAGAGAAACAUUUACAUAUUUAUUAAAAGUAACAUAAAAGGCUUGCCUUUGAAAGGUAAAGUUGGUAAAUACACACUGUUUAAAAAUGCCAAUAAAAACCUCAUUUAUUUCAUAUAUGCAAGUUGAUUUGCACAUGUAUAAAUAGAGUUGCUUUUUGCAUUUUUUGCUUAGUUUCUUUUUUGUAAUUUAUAGUUGCAGUUGUGUUUGCUUGUUAAUAUCAGAUUAUGUUUCUGCUACAAAUAUUUAAUGUUUAUGUGCCUUUUUCACUUUCUUUUGAUGUGUUGGAUGGGUAUUUGGAAUAUGAACGCUGUCUGAACAAGUAUAAUGGAACACUAAUUCCAGGUAAAAAUAACACCUCGUGGCUACAUAACUAUUAAUUGUGUGAAUUUUAAACGUUUUAAAAUAGUGGGGAAAUCUGUUCUAAAAACAUAAGGUGAGAGAUAAGAAGAUAAAAGAUACUGUAACAUUAGCGAUUCCUGUAGAAGGUCAUUUCAGUAAACGAAACGCCCUUUACUGAGUAUCUGUAACCUAAUGCAAGGGCCCCAGCUGGGAUGGAGCGCUGGUUUAAUGACCAGCGCAAACCCGUCUAGACCCGCUAUAUUCUGCAGGGAGAUGUAGCCAGAUCUCACGUGAUCAGCACAGAAAUUGAAGAUACACAUGCACACUUGUGACAUGCCCCUUUUUUCAGAUAGAUGUGUGUGCAUAUAAGUACGUGCACUGGGCAAUUCCUAGGAGAAUACAAUCCGCCUAUGGUAUCUGAAUUUAGGACUGACAGUGGAGAGGGAAAUCUGGAUAUUCAAUGUUUUGCAGGUUUUUCUUUUUAAUGAUAGGCUUUUCUGCCAGAGAUAUUCUAUUUACUACCUGUUGCUCGGGGUCCAGUUGGAGAUCGCAGAUCCGUGCUGUGGACGGAGCCGGGAUCCUCCGUGGUCCCCACUGAGCUCCACCCCCACCCACUUGGACCGAAUUUUGGAAGUUGCUUAUUGACAAGCUUUCAAAGUUGCUGUUGACUUCAGCUGCAAAUCAGGUUGUUAGGCGAUGUCUUUUUCCCUCGCAUAAUCAUGCUGUUUUGCCACUAUGCUUUAAAAUCCUCGUCAACAUCCUUACUUUAUCCUUGAUAUUAAAGACAUGCCGUCCCCUUUCAAAAAUGACUGGCUCCUCUAAAUUAAAAAGACGAUCUACGUGCUUGCAGCACUUCUUCUUUUAACAAAAACAAAAACCAGAUUGCUUUCUCAGGUACAUAUUUUGCUCAUAGUGCAUUUUAGGACCAAAUUGUGCUCCUAGUAAAAUAAAUUAAAUGGGAUGAAUCAGGCUGGGAACAAUCUCAUCCACGUCUAAUUAACUUAAUGACUCCCACUGGCUUCAGUGAUGACAGAACUCCUACAUUAAUUUUUGUUGAAAUUAAAAAAAGCAGCUCUCCCUUUUUAAUAAAUAUAAAGCACUGUAUCUUGCAGGAUAAAGACCAAACACUUGCAAGUUUUAUUGAGAAUGUAACAACAAUCAGAUUUGCUUGCUGCUAUAGCGUAUAUAUGCCAUCACUCACUGAACUAAUGUAACUUGCUAUAAAAGCGUCAGUUGAAAUCUUGAUUAAAUGAUUUUCUUGAGUGUUAGUUAUCACUUUUCAAUUUGUCUUUUUCUUUCUUUCUUUUUUUUUUCUUUUUUCUUUUUUUUUUUUUUUUUUUUUAAGGAGUGCUAACUUUUCAGGUAUGGCUGUUUCUUUGUGACUUUUGCCCUACCGCUGCUAUGCCUUCAACUUUUGACUUAUGAUCUAUUUUCAUUCAUAGUUCUAUUUUGGUCCUAUCAUUUUAGGGAUGACUGUAAAGUCAUGGAGAAAAAUGCACUGAAAGAUGUAUGCUUUCAUUCAGGCUAAAAAGGCCAGGGACAGAUACAGUUUCAUUUAGACAUGCUUUAAUGAUAUUGCUGUAAAUGUAACAUGGAAGCAUUGUUUUAUGGGCAGUGACUUAAGUCUUAUCUUAAUAUUUUUAAGCAGCAUAAAGUUUAAGUUAGUUUGUAAUUUCUGAAUUUUAUAUAUGAACAGAAUAUGUAAACAGCAAGCUCCAUGUAUCAAGUGUGAAAUAUUUACCAUAGGAAUGUGUUGAAACACCAGCGGCUGAACCCCAGGAUGCCUCCAGUCUGAGGUGUCGUUCUUGUUCUUGCUUCCAGAGCAAAAGAAUCUGACUAACUGCAGCUGCUGCCAGUGCGGCUCUUAAAACGUGGCUUGCUUUUAGGUUUGCUCCUUUAUGUGAUCAUCCAGCUGAAAGGCCACCUGUCUGUUAAAUGGAUCAAUGGAGCAGCUCCUCGAGGUUUUGGUAACGAGUACUAGAACACCACCGCCCGCACGCAGAAACUGCUUUUUAUAAAUGCAGUUGCAGUAAAAUCAGCGAUACCCUUCUCUGCCGUCCGCUGGGGAGGUCAGCGCAGAUGUCUUGCACUGAAACUCUGGGUCCGUGUUAUUAAGGCAGCUUAGCUGUAGGAAUACGGUGUCUCGUUGCCUAAGCGCUUGCAGAACUGAAGCAUUGUGGGCCCUGCGGUCUUCAUGUUUCACACCGACGGUAACGCGCUGCUGGGUCUCUGCAACAGGCAAAUGCAUCUGUACUGCACUGUCAUCCUUGGGGGGGGAAAGGAAAACAAAAUACUGGCCCUAAGUCAGCGCUGACCCGCUCGUGCCUGGCGGCCCUGUGAAGGCACGGUCCUGCAGGAGCCGGCCCAGCCCCUGCCUUUACGGAGAGCGUGAAAACAGCCCCUUUGCGUUGACUGGAGCCCUUGGGAAAGUGCAUGCGAUACUUCCUGGCUCUGAUUCCAGCAGUUUUAAGUAUUUUGAAGUAUCAAAUAGGUACAAAAUAAAUUAAGCUAAACUUUUGUCUGAAGGCAGUUAAUUUUAAUAUGGUUGUAUCCAUAACUAUUUUGUUACAUUCAUUAACAAGUCUUUGCAGUGCAAUGACAGUGAAGACCAUUUCUAAGUCGUAAUUUAUUUGGUUUUUCCAAAGGAAUACAGCAGAGGAGGAGGAAGAAAUGGCAAUUUUUACCACAGGAAAAAAAGCAAUUUUUGUAAGAAUAGAAAAGUUACCCAGAAGAUUCUAAGAGAAUUAGAAGAAUAAAAAUAGGGGAAUAGUCAGUAGGCUAGUUCCAGCCACAGAACUUCUAUCUCCCUAAACUUGCUUAGUUGACCCUGGAGGGGAGAUCCUCCAGAGGGCAAUUUAGUUUAGGUUUCUGGUCUGAACCAUUCCCUAGAGAGCCUCUCCCUCCAUGGGCAAGAGGGAUCAAACUCUUUGAAUACUCCCUGUAACACUAUAAAUUGCAGGAGGGGAGGACUGUAAAAAUAAAAAAAACUACUGCUUUUUUGCAGAUUAAAAUUUGAAGUCAACAGGUUUUAUAUGUACUUCAGGGUAAGGCUCGUACAUGUGUUUGGUUUGAAAUCUCUCCUAAAGUUUGAUUCUUUGUUUUAUUUAAGUGAUUGUGUUCCACUAUAUUAAGUUCAAGCAGUUUGAUUCAGAAAGAACAGAGCACAGUGGUUCACACAUUGUCAAGUUACUGGGGUUCAACAGAAUGGGGUUGAUUUAUUAUUUUUGUUUUUUUAGAAAAGUAAAUGUCUGUAAUGGCAUAAAACAAUGUUUUGUUUUCACUGUUGUAGAAAAAACUAGGGAGAAAUUUAUUUUUCAAUAAACUUUUUUCUUGUGUGAUUUGGA